UUUAUUACCAUUAGAGAACAUCAAGAAUACACUUUAUAGGUUAUAUUUUCAAAAAGGAAAAAGCACAUGAUUAUAUUCGGUUCAAUUACGUGUGUUUAAAUACAUGUUAAACGAUGGCAAAUAACAGCGACAGUUGUUUUAUCACUGCACCUGGCUUCUGUCCAGAUUGUGGCUCAAUUUUACCGUUGGUAAAAGAAACGGGAGGAAUUACAUGUUACACGUGCAAGAGAAAAUGGGAUUCCGAAGUUUUUGGCGAUAUGAAUAUGUUACACACAAUUCACUUCAAUAAUAAGUAUACUUAUGCUGAUGCAUCUGACAAAAAAGAUGAGGAUAGUGAGGACGAUGCAGAUGGGCCAGUAGUGGAACGACAAUGUCCUCAAUGUCAAAAUAACAAAAUGUCCUAUGCAACGUUGCAAUUGAGAUCUGCCGAUGAAGGACAAACUGUAUUCUACACAUGUACCAAGUGCAAAUUCAAGGAAACAGAGAAUUCCUAAUCUAAAAUUUUACAUUGUACAUCUUGUUUUAUAAGAAAUAUUGUUACAUAGAACCAAUAUGAUUCUUCCAUUUUUUUUAUAUAAAAUUAUUUUAAAAUAUUUUUGUGUCAUACAACACGACUAAAGAAGUAAAAAACUAAUGUUUUGCAAUAUAUUUCCACAUGUAAUUUAUAUUCCAUGUGUUUUUAUUAAAAUGUACGAUAUUAAUCUGUUACUUAUGAAGUAACUUUGUUAAGUAAAGGUAAGAGCCCAGACUUUUGCAUAAUGCAUAAAAGAAAAUCAGUCAGAAUCUCAUAUUUUCCUCUUAUUCCAGCAUGGAAGUGAAAGUAUCUGAUUAAUUAAUUAUCUUAUUCCUGUUGCUUUAUCUCAGACAAUACAGAUGUUCAAACAUGUAAAAAAUCAAUAUAAGAUUUAUAUCACGAUUUUGAAUAUGGAUGUUAUCUGGGUAACACUAUCGGAAACAUACAGAUGUGUAUAACAAGAUAGUUGUUGAGAUUUAUAUCUCAAUAUAAAUACACUGCUUUAAUAAAACAUAGAGCUUUAUUUAUAAUACACUCAACAAAUAGUGGUGAAAGAGAGUACACUUGUCAUAAUUUCAUAUAACUCUACUGGGUCACAAUAUCUUCUUUCUAACAAUGCUCCAUUACCUUAAUUAAGUGUAAGUAAUUUUGUAUGUACAAUGCGCAUGUCGAGAUAAAAGUUAACAGUUAUUUUUAAUAAAUUCACCUUGAUCCACUCUCAAAAUUGUUACAGUGGUCCUUGCAUUAAAAAACUUUAAUAGAGAGUUUGUCGAUAGUCUCUCUUACUUAUCCUAGGUAUGCAUUUACACAUUGGCACUAAUAUUUGCCCAUGGUCUAACAAUAAUGAGAAGUAGAUAUGCUAUCUUACAUUAAGGAAAAAGUAUCUAUAAACUAAUUGUUGAACUUUAUGCCAUUUGUUACGUAAACUAUAGACAUAUAAAUGUGAUAUAAAGUGAUGUAAUUGCACUUUCUUAAUACUCUGGUAUACCCACAAUAUAAGCUCAAAUAAAGAAAUAAAAAAA